GCACAGCACAGCAAAUAACAAUGCGGUUCACGGUUUUCCUUGCUCUGGUGGUCGCCACCUUCGUCGCUUGCAUCAGCCUCACCAACGCCGAGGCUGUCGCCGAGUCGCGUAGCCUCCGCGCCCAGCAGAACAUCGGUGCUGCCGCUGCUGCCUUCAAGAAUUACAAGUCCCCAAAUAUCGCCACCAAGUUCGUUGAGGAAAUGACCGAGGUCGGGAUCCGUGGCACGGCCGCCAGGAUGGCCGCCGGCGCCAAGGAAUCGGCCAAGCUCACGACCAAGCAGAUCGAGAUGCUGACCAAGCAGUUGACCGCCACCGUCAAGAAGGACCGCACCAAGUGGCAGAAGAUCAGGAAGGCCCUCCUCAUCACGCUCGGUGUGGGUGUUGGUGGCACUAUUAUCUACCAGGUCGGCAAGGCGGCCUUCGGUACCAAGGCCACCACCGCCCCCGCCACGGACGGCUCUCUGUAAGCAUCAACUGCGGUGUUACCAGGAGUUGCCUAAGUACGUUUUCAUCAUCGGCCUCGACGCGGGUUUUACUCGGCUCGCCGGAUGGAGUUUUUGCGUGUGACUGCUGCGAGAUAGCUCAUGUCCUACCGGGUGCUUGUUCGAGUGGCUGGACAUAUCAACGAGCUGAGUUAGCCGUACAGCGUUGGAUCCUUAU